AUGCACUGUGGGUAUGCAGUGCUUUAUCUCCAUUUUUUUCUGACACAGGCCUUUGCUGCGAAAAUCGGCGCACAGGCUUGGAGUGCCCAUCAGGCCGAAUUCUGGCCUUGGGAGAAGAGGCAAAGCACAGGGCACGCUGAAGCUCUUUUGUCAAUCUCAGAGGGCAGAGAGGCGGACCGCCAUCCAUUUGAAGGGAUCGGAGCACUCAGUGCAGGAGCUUCGUCCAGGCUCUUGAAGGACUAUCCAGAAGAUCAUCGCAGAGAGAUCUUGGAUUUGCUUUUCAAGCCUCAGUAUGGUGCCUCUUUGCAGGUGUUGAAGGUUGAGAUUGGAGGUGAUACUCAGUCGACGGACGGGAGCGAACCGUCCCACAUGCGCUACAGAGGCGAAACUCCAGAUUGUACAAGAGGCUAUGAGGCUUGGUUGUUGCAAGAAGCAAAAGCCCGGAAUCCUGCCAUCCGAACGUAUGCCUUGGCGUGGGGAGUACCUGGCUGGAUUGGGAAUGGCACAUUCUUCAGUGAGGACAAUAUUUUCUACCACGUCUCAUGGUUAACGUGCAUCAAAGAGAGGUACAACAUUGACAUUGACUACAUCGGACUUUGGAACGAGAUGCCCUGGGGUGAUGCCUGGUAUGUGUUUGAACUUGGUGCUGCAAUCAAGGAAGCUCAGUUGGGAACGCAGCUUGUUCUCCUGGAUCAGGCAUCUGGUGCAAUUAGCACUGAUUUUCUUGGUUUCUUUAGCCGCGAUCAGCGGUUUCAAGAACUGGUUGCAGCAGUUGGGUUGCACUAUCCCUGCACUCCCGACCAAAAGUUGCUGGACACUUUGGCAGCACAUCCACGCACUCGCUUCUGGUCUUCUGAGGAGCUGUCCACGGUAGCGGACUGGGGAGGUGCUGGCUGUUGGGGCCGCAUGAUCAAUCAGAACUACGUGAGGAUGAACGCAACAUCGUCCAUAGCAUGGUCACUCGUUUGGAGCGUCUACCCAAACCUGGAAUGCUUUGGAAAUGGCCUCCUCUAUGCAAAUGAACCCUGGUCUGGACAUUACGAGGUGAUGCCACCAAUUUGGACUUCUGCUCACACGACUCAGUUCACAAAGCCUGGUUGGACCUACCUUCCAGUCGGAGAAGCUGCUGGGGACUUGCCGGAGGGUGGCACCUAUGUCACCAUUACAUCUCCAAAUUUGGAAGAUUUCUCGAUUGUCAUCGAAAGCCUGACAGGCCGUUGCAUGUAUCAUGACGGUUGCUUCCACACUCAGCAGCCAAAGAAUACACAGCAGCUUCAGUUUCAGCUAAGCGAAAACCUUCGAGCUGCAGCGAGGGGCAAGGAUUUGGAGGUGUGGGCAACGAACGGCAGUCACUGGUUCCAGCGCUUGGAAGCUGUGCGGAUGGAUGCAGAAGGAAGGCUGAGGAUAUCCCUUGAAGCGGAUGCGAUAGUGACAAUCACCACUCUCCAUGGAGCCACCAAGAUGGGCCAAAGAGAAUCUCACCAAGUCAAGGAAAAUCAGAUUCCAGUAUCAAAGCCCUUCCCACUUCCAUUCGAAGAGGCCUUUGAGACCGAAUUGCACCGAUCUCCUGCUUUCUUCUCUGACCAGGGUGGCACUUUCGAAGUAGUUGAGGAUGGGGACGGAAUUGCCAACGUCAGGCUGAAUCAAGUGCUGCAACAGCAGGUGCUGCAGGCUCCCAUCGGCUGGGCCGGCAGUGCGCCAGAGCCACUCACACUCUUCGGAGGCACCAAUUGGACAGAUUUGGAUGUGGAGGUGUCAGCGCGCUUUGAAGCGGUCACUUCCGGAAAAUUUGCUCCUUUGAGUCCUUUUGGUCACUCCGCACCUCUCAGCUUGUUGCAAGUAGAGUCUCAGAGCUCUCAACCACAGGAUCGACACAUUGGCCUUUGUGCAAGGGUGCUGCGCUACACCUUCUUCAACAGCGGGGGAAAGCCUCAAGGAUAUUGCCUUCAGGUGGUCGACUCAUUGAAGGGUGGCCUUACUUGGACACUCUCGGCUUCCUCAGAGACACUUGCAGCCGGCCUUCUGAGCCAAGAAGCAGCGAAGAAGGCUGCAGAGAAGGGAUGGCUUCGACUGCGGUUGGAGGUCUACAAAGCACGCAUUUCUGCAUUUGUUGAGGGCGCUCAACUUGCGAGCAUUCUUGACACCAGCCUACCAAUGGGACAGGUUGCUUUCAGCUGCGGCUACCACAAGUGUCAGUUCGACAACUUGAAGGUGUUGCCAAAAGCAGCGCCUGUCACAUCCUUCAUUCUGACAUCUCGGCCGCUCCUCAAGCUUUACAGCCCAGUGACCUUCCAUUAUGAUUCACGGACUUGUGAUCCAUCUCCGUCAGAGACGUUGAAACGCAAUGACUUCACUGGCUUCAUCGGUCUUGCCUUCGUACCAAAGAUCGAAAUCAAAGUAGCUGCAUUGGGACGGAUGGUGCUCAAAGGUGGCCCUUUAUUGACAGAAGUCCACAACGUCCAGCUAUUGGAGGUUGACAACGUUACGGGUCUGCGGUACGUGGCCUCUGCAGCAGUGCCCACGACACAUACCCAGCAGGUUGGCAUCAUAUCCACAGAUGAUGGCUUCCAAUAUGCCGAGCUGCGAGAGGAACUGUUGCUGACACCAGGUCAUACUUAUAUCUUGGCUUCGUCUGAAAUUAGCGGUGGAGACUUCUUCUUUGACAAGGCAGUGCUAGCAGAACCUACCGACGGAGUUGAUAUACUUGGACCUGCGUACGCCAAUGAAAGUGGGUGGCACUUUGAUCCGGAGCCCAACCUCUUGUUUGGGCCAUUGAAUGCAUUGCUGCUACCAGUGCAGGCUCCCUCGAGAGAGACCUUGCUAAAACCAGAGGCUGCUGAGGAGAACCACCAAGCUGAGCCAACCACCCUGGAACCAAAGCCGGACACUCCGAAGGCAGCGCGCAUGUUACGGGAGCCUCGGUCAAGCAGACUUCAUGAGGCUGAGACACCUGAGUGGUUGGUCCAAGUGGUCAAGGAAGAGACACUAAAUGAGGAGGAGAUCAGCUGA